AGCGCCUUGGAAAGGCCGUUCCGUCCCGCGAGGGAAACAGAGCCGUUGACUAUGGUUGCAACCGGCAGUCUGAACAGUAAGAACCCGGCCAGCAUUUCAGAGUUGCUGGACUGUGGCUACCAUCCGGGAAGCCUACUGAGUGAUUUUGACUACUGGGAUUAUGUUGUUCCUGAACCCAAUCUCAACGAGGUGGUAUUUGAGGAGACGACCUGCCAGAAUUUGGUUAAAAUGCUGGAGAACUGUCUAUCCAAAUCAAAACAGACCAAACUGGGCUGCUCCAAGGUCCUUGUUCCUGAGAAACUGACCCAGAGGAUCGCUCAGGACGUCCUGCGCCUCUCCUCCACAGAGCCCUGUGGCCUCCGAGGGUGUGUAAUGCAUGUGAACCUGGAAGUUGAAAGUGUGUGUAAGAAGUUGGAUAGGAUUGUGUGUGAUUCUAGCGUGGUGCCUACCUUUGAACUGACUCUUGUGUUUAAGCAGGAGAACUGCUCAUGGACUAGCUUUAGGGACUUUUUCUUCAGUAGAGGUCGCUUCUCAUCUGGACUUAAGCGAACUUUGAUCCUCAGCUCCGGAUUUCGACUUGUUAAAAAAAAGCUCUACUCACUGAUUGGAACGACAGUCAUUGAAGAGUGCUAACAAGGAUUGGUUUUUAAAGGUCUUUAUGAUUGGGUAAUAAAACUGUGCAGCUAUUAAGUUAAAACCCCUUGUAGCUUUCCCUGACUGGUCUAAAAAAAAAAAUUGCCCACUAUUUUUCUGUUUGGUUUUUGUUUUUGUUUUUCAUAUUUAUAGCAAUCCCAAGGAAAGGGAUGAUUUUUGUAACUUUUAAAAAUGACUGAGGAAAGGUUAUAUUUUCUGAAUAGAUUCUGUUUUUCUGGAUAGGAGUAAGGGAGGGAGAGAAGCAAUCCAGUUCAGCUUUGUGUUGGAGUCCACCAGCUUUUCCAGGUAGUUUUGCUGAUAGACCCUGGAAACCAAAUUUGCCUUAUUUGCCUUUCAGAGUUUCUUUUUCCUCUGAGAUGUCAAGUGAUCCUAUCAAUCACAAAAUCUUGCUAGAUGAUGCUUCUUCACCCAUUAGACUUGCCUAGAACCCAUAUGCUUAUCAUUUCCUGACAAUUUUCUACUCAACUUUGAAGGAUACUUAGACAGGAGCAUAGAAUUCAGCAGGUGAGCUUAAUGAAUACUGAAGCCUAGGUGAAAGUGGGUAAGAAAUGCUACAGCAAUUGCAACGCUGCUUCAGUGGUGAUAUCUUCGAUGCCUCUGUUUUAAAGAGGCAACAGAAGCUGGAACUGCCAUGUUGCUUCAAUGACUUUGUGGUACAGUGUUAACUCAGAUUCCUAGUCCUUGAGUAUCAAA